GGAGGAAAAAUGGCGAAGCGGAGGAUCACCCAAGAAACCUUUGACGCUGCUGUGAAGGAAAACAUGGAGGAGUUUGAGAUGGACCCUGAUGAGGCUUUGAGGGAGGCUGUGGAGCAGUUUGAGUCUCAAGGUGUCGACCUCAGUUUUAUAGUAAAAGCUGUACCAGCUGUAGCAUCUGAAGAAAAACCAGAAGAGCAAACACAUGAGAUCAUACAGGCUUUGGAAUCCCUCCGAAUUGGAAAAGACUCCACCAGUGUUACAGAAGUGACGGCAGACAUGAAACGCUUCACUGAGCAUUGCUUACUUGGAUUUGCCCAGAGGUACCUGGCUGCCCAAAAAGAUGCCUACCCCGUCAUCCUCGCUUACUGCAAAAAAAGUAUAGAGGAGCAGGAUGCAGUGUUGACCACCCUGUCUGCACUGGCUGCACUGACAGAUGGACAGCCAGACUUGUUGGAUGCAGAGGGCCAGCAGUUCCUUCUUGAUGUCUUUAAGAAGUACCAGGCAGAUUCCUCUGUGGUGCGUGUAGUGAUUCGCACUGUACGCCACUGCUGUUUGAAACAUGAACAGAACAGGCAGGAUUUGGUAAAAGGUGGCAUCCUGCCUCUGAUGACUGGCGCCAUUACACAACACAGUGGAUGUGCUGAUCUAGUCAAGGAGGCCUCUGCAGCUCUCAGAUUCAUGACGUUUGACGACGACGUCCGAGUUACAUUUGGACACGCUCACGAACACGCCAAGAUGAUUGUUCUAGAGCACAAUGGACUGAAGGUUUUGAUUGAGGCUGCGAAAGCUCACCCUAAUAAUUCUUCUGUUCUGAGUGAACUUUGUGCAACCUUGUCCCGCCUGGCUGUAAGGAAUGAGUUCUGCCAAGACAUCUGUGAUCUGGGAGGACUGAAACUAAUGAUGACACUGCUCGCAGACAGCUAUGAGUCAGCGGAGCUGGUUCGGCAGGUCCUCAGUGCAAUACGAGCCGUAGCAGGAAACGAUGAUGUGAAAGAUGCCGUCGUUAAUGCUGGUGGAGUCCAGCUCAUUGUCAUUGCCAUGAAUAGACACAUGAGCAACUCUGCGGUGUGUGAGCAGGGCUGUGCUUGCCUCUCUGUCCUCGCUCUACGUAAGCCAAACAACUGCAAAGUCAUCAUGGAGAACGGAGGUGCCUUGGCAGCUAUUCAGAGUAUGAAGACGCAUACUGAUGCAGUCAAUGUGCAGAAACAGGCAUGUAUGCUGUUGAGAAACCUGGUUUCACGUACGAACAACUACAACCAACCAAUCCUGGAGAUGGGAGCAGAGGCCCUGAUAACCCAGGCGCUCAGGACCCAUCGAGACUGUGGCGACGUGGGUAAAGCGGCCCUCAGAGAUCUGGGAUGCCAGGUGGAGCUCAAAGAGCUGUGGACCGGCAAACAUGGCAGCCUCACCAACUGAAUGUAGACGAGAACACCCCUGUACACCUUCACCAUGAGGUUCCCUUAAGUGCAGUUUUAAGCUAAAUUAAACAUUGGGAUGUUCGUUAACAUAGCGAAUACUUAAAGCAGAUGCACCUACCCAGUUAUACAUAUUUGUAAAAAAAAAAAAAAAGUAGUUGAAGUAGAAAAGGCCUGUGAGCAAAUCACAGAACCCACAAAACACCUUUGAGAGGUUGAUUAUGUUUUUUAGUCCUUCUGCCUUUGACAACCACGAAGAGGGUCAAUAGUUCUGUUGUAAAUGUUUUCUUUUCUAUUAAUGUUUACUUUAGUAAUUUUUCCGAUGAUGACUUUUAUAUAUGUGCCACAUUUAUGUUCAUGAGAUGUCAGAGGUAAAUGUCUGUGUUUUGUGCCAGGGGGGUAAAGUAAAAACGUAUUUUCUGUCACACAAGUACUUUUAAUGGAACCAAUCACAAUCUCCUCAUCCUCACGCCGAUGGAAAGUCAGGUGAAGUGUGGUAGCCCACAAAACAUUUCUGGAGCUUCACAGCAAAACAGUGUUGCAGCAUUAUCUCAAAUAACUGAAGUCGAUGGGGGCUUGUUUUAAAACAGCUGCUGGAAAAAAAAUUAAAAAAAUAAUAGGAAAUAGCUGCAACUCUGUUUUUCUGUUAGGCUCCAGAAACGUUUUGUGGACUUUGAAACCUCACCCGACUGUCCAGUGGCGUGUGAGCGAGUAGAUAAUGACAGAACGUUCAUUUUUGGGUAAAAUGUUCCUUUAUCUGCACUAGUUUGUGCAGUUUCCCUUCCCCCAUUGUGGCAGAACAAAAUGUUAUGCAUUGACUGCCUUAUAUUUUAACUGUAGCGAAAUGUUUCCUUUCUUUUUGUUGUAUUUUUGUUUGUUAUAUACAUGCUGGCUGACCUCUCUGAUAUGUAGACCUGCCACUGACAACAUCACAGUGCGUAACUCUGCACGAUCAUGAUAAAUACAUUUUGGGUGCCUCACCUUUA